AUGGCUCCAGUAAUGCAAACCAUUGAAGAAAACAAACUCUUCACCGAUCUCCACUAUCGAUUUGACUAUGUCUGCAAAUUUGUUGGUUUCGGACCAGAAGAUAUUGAAGCAAUUCAUAACUCGGCUUCUGUGUUGGCUCCUCUCGUUCCAACUGUGGUCGAUUUGGUCUAUGUCAAGUUGUUCUCCUUUGAUGUUACCAAGAAGGUCUUUUUGGUGAGAAAUGAUCAAUUUAAGGGUGAGAUGGAAAAGACUUUGGAUGAAUUGAGUGAUACCAAAUCGGAACAAAUUAAAUUCCGUAAGGAUAUGUUGAGCAAGUAUUUGGUCAAGUUGGUGACUGCUGAUUACUCAUCAAAGGGUUUCAUCAACUACUUGGAUUGGGUUGGUAAAAUCCACACUGCCAAGGCUGGUAAUAAGGAUAUUAUUGUGGAUUACAUUCAUUGCAAUGCCUUAUUUGGUUAUGUGAGUGAUGUCAUUUUGGGAGCUAUUGCCAAGUGUGAUCAAUUGAGCGAGGAACAACGUGUCAAGACCAUCUUGGCAUUCAAUAAGUUGUUCUGGAUUCAAAACGACUUGUUUGCCAAAUACUAUGUCGACGAUGACUGCAGACACGGUGUGAACACUGAAAAAUGUUGUCCUGUGAGUGGACAAACUGGAACAAGUGGUGGAUGCUGCUUUGCUCAACAACAAUCUAAGCAAUAA